AGUUACUUGACAACCAUGCAGUUGCUAGUGUACACCACAGGUCUCUCUCUAGUACUACUCUAUCCAAUAGUGCACACAAUAUCCCAAGAAAGCCAAGAGAAUCUACAGGAAAAACAAGUUAAAAUAAGAAAAUUUGACUCACUACGCAAUAAACUCAACUCAAAUAGCAAAUUCGACUCUUUACGUAAUAAACUCACCAAAGCUUCGGAAUACUGGGACUUAAUCAAUGGGUUGUACUCUGCAGAUGAAGAAAAAGUAAAUGAAGUUCUGGAUAAGGUGGUAGAUGUUUUGAAACAAAUCAUGCCAGAAUGUGGUGAAAUAGACCCCAUCGAGGUGGAUGGUGGUAUACAGUACUACGUCUGUGGGGGAAGAGGACAGAUCUCAGACCUAAGGUCCAUCGAGCUCAUUGACAAAUCUGUGGACGAUGCAUCUGAUGGUGGUAAGAUUCUUCGUCUGCAAUAUAGAUAUACAAGCUUACAGUUCACUUACAAUGCUUUCUACAUUAAACUUUUAACGCCUCAACAGGGGAAGCUGCAUAUCAUUUUUGCUAAUAAUCAUAUGGAAAUUGAAGUGAAAAUACCGAGUAAAGGAAAACUAAUCCUGAACAGCUUGACUUCAAAUUGUUGUUUGUACGUACAGAAUUUUAAUAUAAAUACACUCGAGUUUGAUAAAACUGUCUUGGGUAUCCCACAACCAACAUUAUUCCAAUUGGGGGAACAAAAGGUCUCCGAUAAAGUAAAAAAAGACAUAAGAAAUAUUCAACGAAGAUUUGAAAACACAGUUUUAAAAGUUAUGCACAAACGUCUACCUGCAUCUGGUUCAUAUGUAUGUAAGAAUCAAUAUUUGGCUGAUGAACUAAAAUCUAGAGGAGUGAACAUGGACUCUGUUGUUGUAAGUGAGAAGUUUGAAAAUACUUGUGGUAAAAUCGAAAAUUAACCGUUAUACAACAAGCCACAUCUGCACAUUUCAAUUUGCUAUUUCAUCGUAUUAUGGUGAUUUUUCUCUUCAAAUA